AAAUGAUAGAUAUUCCAAAAGUAGAAUUUAUAGCAUGUGGUUAAUGGCAUAUUCUAAUUAGAACAAAUAAUGGAAUAUAUUCUUGGGGCAAUAAUGAUGAUGGUUAAUUAGGUUUAGGUGAUUAUGAACCUAGGAAUGAUCCACAUUCUCUUUAAAUACAAAAUGGAAAUAUAGUAUGUGGAUCAUAUCAUACUUUAAUUUAUUAAAAUGAUUAUCUUUAUGCAUUUGGAAGAGGUAAUAGAGGUUAGCUUUUAGUCAAUCUAGAAAAAAGUUCUAUUCCUAUUAAAAUUGAAUUUUAAAAUAUCAAAUUAGUUGCUGCAGGGGAUUUCUAAACAUUAAUUUAUUCUAAUCAAUUGACUUUAAAUGGAAAACCUAUUCAUUACAAUGGAAUCAUUAAAUAAUUAGCAUGUAACAAUGAAUAUUCUGCCAUUGUCAGUUUAGAUGGUGUUGCAUUAUUUUGGGAUAAAUCUAAUACAAUUAAAUAUCAUUUUAAUAAUGUAGAAUAAGUUAGUUUAUUUGGAAAUCGUUCUUAUUUGUUAAAAAAGGAUGGAUCUGUUGAAUUAAUGGAUGGUACUUUAGUUACCAAAUAAGCAGUCAGAUCAAUACAUACAGGAGAGUAACAUUGUCUUUUUAUUUUAUAAUAAAAUUCAUAUGAUUCUAUAAUAAAUGAAUCUUUACUCAUAAGUGAACAUAAUGAUAUGCAUUCAUAAUAAUAAGAAGAUCGAAACUAUUUAUUUUAUGAAAGAAAGAUUGCAGAAUUAUAAUUGAGUUUAGCUAAAAAAGAAAAAUAAAUUAUGUAAUUGUAAAAUGAGUUAAAUGCUUUAAAAAAUAAUUUAAAUGUUUAAUAAUGA